AUGACAACACCCCAACGACCUGAAACGGGAUUGGAUAUUCCACAUCAAUCAGAACAACACCAAUAUACUCAUGACGAUAUCGUAGACUUCUUCUUCAACAACAGUCACAAUAAUCAUCGACGACAUUUAUAUCCUAAUCCACCAUCAAACAAUAAACCAUUAUCGGAACAAGGAGAAUUAGAAGAAGAAGAAGAAGAAUCACAUGAGGAAUUUUCACCUCAAACACAUCCAUUCGCAAGGACAAAAACAACAAGAAUCCAUAAGACAACAAUGAGAAUGAAUAAUACAGAUCCCACAAAUGAGUUCAUGUAUCAAAUACCAGACCCAAACCCAAACCCAAAUCCAAAUCCAAAUUGGUACGAUAACGCAGAUGCAGGAUGGAAUUUAACUCAUAUGCAGAUGCAAAUGCCAUUGCACGGUUUCGGUAAAUCAUUGUCUGAAGGUGGAUUAGGAUUAGGAUUAGGAUUGAGUACAGCCGAUGAGAGAGGCAGUAAACCUUUAGACUUGAAAGCACUCAACGAACGAUUGCACAUCCUUGGACUCGGUGGCCCAUCAAAAUCGAAUGAACAUAUUGAGGCUACAUCAUCCCAACAUCAUCGACCACUCUACAACAGUCAGAACCCAACAGCUCUUUCUCCCAAUAAUCCAUCUCAACUAGCAUCGGGAUUCAGAUCUCAAGAGACCUUAUCACCAGAUUCACAACACCACCGAAGAUCUCGAGGUUAUCCGUCAAUCACUGAACUAGCACCGGGGGAUUCAAUCAGUAUGUAUCGUGCGGUAAGAGCACCUUCGACAACAGUGAAGAGUCACAGAAGGGGUGGAACGAAUGUCGAUCCAGGUGAAGCAGGUGAUAGUCCGUUCACUCCAGAAGAUGAAGCUGCGUACGAUAAUGCUCCAGGUGAUGGAGCAAGUUAUUGGUCUCAAGAAGAUGUUACUCACAGAACGCUAAAUACAGGUGCAGGUGAAUUAGAGGAUGAAAUGACCGCUGGUCCGACAAGCGUCUGGACAAGAGGCGAUAUGGGAAGAGACAUGUAUGGCCAUCGUGAUCGAUUGCUUCGACAAGAAUCCACUAGGAACCAAGAACACAUGAUUGAGCUUCAACGUCAAAUCCGCGAAGCCCAGAGUCUAGCUACCACAGCAACCAAGCUGGAAGUUGCUGAAAAGCAAUUACGGGAACUUCAAGCUAGAUUGAUCGCAGAACAAGUUGCUCGAACUCAGAUCGAACAAGAAGCAGGAAUGAAAGAGGAAGAAAUGAAGAAUUAUCAAAACGAAUGGGCAAGCGCUGUGAGAGCCUUGAGAAGAGCCAGAGACGAGGGGAAGAAAAGCGACGAAGAGAAAAGGAGAAUCCAAAGGUGUUUCGAAGAAGCUAGAGAUAAAUUAUGGAAAUAUCACGAGGCUUUGAGAGUACGUGAGGCAAGAGCUCAAGGCAAAGAAGAAGGAAGGGCAGAGGCAUGGCAGGAAGCUGAACGAUGGAUGGGGUCUUCACCACCUAUUCCAGGUGUCGAACCCGUUCAAGCUGUACCUGGAGCUGUGUUGCACCAAACGCCCAUGAUGCAAACUCAAACCCCUCAAUUCCUGCAAUCUCCUACUGAUCAGUAUUUCCAGCAACAAGCUCAACCACCUCUUCAACAAAACCAGUCUUCCCCUCCUGUUCCACAACAGCAGCAGCAAUCUCCACAGCAGCAAGCGCAACAUCAAUACCAACAACAACAGCCACAACAGUCUCAACAACCUCAACAUUACCAUCCACAACAAGGGCAACAACCACAAACGAAUGCAUCAGACCCCAAUGUACCUAUGCAGAGUAUCGCACAGCUUAUGGAGUACUUUGCUCAAAAUCCGGGUGCUUUCCCUCAAUUUCAACAUGGUCGACCACAGAUUUCACCUCCUCAACACGCGCCUUUUUCACAAGGGCAGCAAUCCAAUACUCAGCCUCCCGUUAUGCCUGGCCAGCACAACUCUUUGAGAGCACAGCAAAUGCCGGGAAGUCAGACUCCUGGUCAAUAUAUGGCUCAGAUGUCUCAGCAAACUCCAGGUCAUCCUCCCCAUCUACCCAUGCUACCACAAAGUGCUGCACUAUCUCAUCAUGACGGAGAAGCUGAUCAACACAUGCAACCCCAACCCACCGGCGGACGAUCAACGGCUGGCAUAAUGCCUCAGCAUACCGGACAGCCAAUGACGGUUCCGGUCAUAGUACCAGUCGCCCAGCCGGCUCCAGUGGCUGUUCCUCUGACUGAUCCUGUCAGCAUGGGUCAGCUUCCACCAAACCCUCCACCGCAGAGUCAGCCCACCAUGCAGAUUUUUACUCAACCGACUAUCCCGCAAAGGACUCCUAGAGCUCCAAACGCUGCUAUGCAUACUACUCCCGGAAAGAAUCAAGCUCGCACUCCUACUCGGACUCAAGCAGCUGGAAUACCAUCUACUGGUCGAACAGGUAUAUCAACAGUACCUAAUGUUCUUCAACCAAAACCCGUCAUUCAUCCUCAAGCUGCCGAAAGCUAUCUCGAGAAAGUAGAUCAUGAUCCCUCUUUGAAGAGAAUGAUGGGAGGAGCAAGAUCGAAGACGAUACAUUCUUCGGCUGUUCCGCCUUCAGCGACUGAACAUUCACGCGCUCCUACAAAACCUCAUACAGCAGCCAAAUCUACCUUUGAUGAUGGAGCUUCAAACAUUGAUAAACCGCUUCCAGAGCCUUUCCCACCGAGUCGAGUACUAGGUCGAAGUCAGACUCACCGAACUCCUUCCACCGAAAGGCAUAACUUGCCUAACAGCCACAAAGCCUCUGGUGGACUAAGUUUAUCCGAGGGUUUACACAAUUCUCAUGCCCAUAGGCAAAGUCAAAUUCCUGAUGGAGAUCGAUAUCCUGCGUUUCCUCUCGUCGGAAAUCACGAAGUUAGAACUCAUUCAAGGAACACAAGCUUUAACUCUGUGGAUCCAGCUGGUAUUGGACUCCCGCUAGACGUUUCUAACGUGCAGUCGCCAAACUCGGAUUACCGUGCAACUCGCCCCUCGACUAGACAGACACCCAUCAGAAGUGGAAGAACCAGCGCUAGGAGUCGAGUCGCCGGUGCGUUGAGGAACGAUAUGGAGCUGGAAGGUGAAUUACCUGGAAUCGAAGAAGCAGAUGAAGAGGAUAUGCAACGGCAUCCUCAAGGGCAGGCCCCACAACCAAUGUCUCAUGGUCCGCCACCACCUCACAUGAUGCGACAGAUGCAAUCGCAAAACGGUCGAGGUCCACCGCGUCCUCCUCCAAGUAUGCCUAAUAUGAGGUAUCAAAUAAGACCUGUAAUGCCUCAACCACUCGGCGGUGGUCCACCUGAAAUGAUGGGGGGACCCAAUAAGACGUUUUCUGAACCUCACGUUCAAGGACAUAAGUCGCGACAUUCUCUGUCAGCUUUGUUCCACCAUCGCGACGCAACAGGCAUGAGAUCUGAACACUUACCUGAACCUGACUCGGCUUAUCAUCCUCCUAAAACCCACGAUUUAUACGUCCCUCCCGGACUUGCGCCUCGAGCUGUAAGCGGCGGAAUUGAAGAUGUUCAAGGACCAAGAACAUCGGCUUUGGGUUUGAGCGGUGUUGGAGGAAGUGAAGAAGGGAAAAUGAGAGCUCCUACCUCCUCCCGAUCAAGGUCCAAUCAACCCCCUUCGGCUUACUACCCGCCUUCACCAAAGACACCAAAAAUCCCUCCGCCACCACCAUCACCACCGCGAACCGAGAUUACACAUAGAGGCGGAAGGCAACCUAUAAAUCUCGAUUCUCCACCUGCGCCGGGCACGACUCGACAGACUGUGAUUAUCACCGAGCGAACUAAUCCUCGUUCCGACUUCGAUGUCGAACCACACGAAGUCCCAUUACCAGGGACGAAAAGUGGUGCGCGAACCGUAUAUAGCGCUAUGAGCCCUCCUGAUUACGCACACCAACCAGACCCAAGAGCGGUUCCUUUACCCCCUACGAAAAGCCGUGCACCUACCAUGUACACUGAACAUGAAAGGCAAGACGAACAACCACAUCAGAUUCCGCUACCUGGAUCUAGAUCAACUGCACCAACAGCAUACACCUAUGCACCGCGACACCAACAUCAACAACACCAUCAACCUUUUCAAUUCCCAUUACCACCUUCUAAAACUACAGCAUACACGGUAAAUGAUAAUCAACCUCAUCAAGUACCACUUCCUCCUCCAAGAAGUAUAGCCCCGACUGCAUAUACUGCGUCUCCACCGGACGAUCUCAAACCUCAAGGAAGACCAGAAGUUGUAUCAAUCGAUUUUGCAAGUGUCCCUUUGCCUAGAGGUGGAGCGACUGUGUAUGAUAUGAGGACACAAGUCACUUCUGAACCAGAUGUAGAUGAGCCUAGAGGACCUUCCCGUUCUCAAACUCAUAGAUCACCACCUAAUAAAUUGGUUUCAAAGAAGUCUCAUCGAAAACCCGUCCCAUCAAAUGGCAAUGGCAAUGGUAACGAACAAGGGAAUGCGACGGAUCCUAGGAUGUAUCCUUUACCACCCAGUAAAGCUCCCACCAGGGGUAGAGCGAGCACUUACGCAACUUCUGUUGCUCCCAUCGAAGAGGUUACAGAACCCGAAAGUGGAAGAGAGAACAUUAGAAGGCAGUCGAGAGUGUACUAG